AUUAUUGGAUAGAGACAGAGAGGAAUUGAGAAGGGAGGGAAAAACAGAGAGACACUUGCAGCCCUGCUUUACCACUCAUGAAGCUUUCCCUUGCAGGUGUGGACCAGAGCCUUGAACCUGGGUCCUUGCAUAGUGUAGUGUGUGCGCUUAACCAGGUGUGUCACUGCCUGGCCUCUGCCUGCCCUACCCCCACUCCCACUGGGUUUUCAAGGCAUUAUCUCAAGAUGUUAAAUUCCUGGAGGGCUAGAAGGCUGGCAGUGAGAGAGAGAGAAGCUAAGUAACAUAGAAGCCCCCUGGCUGAGGGGGCUGGAUGGUGGCACACCUAGUUGAGCACACAUGUUACAGUGCACCAGGACCCAAGUUUGAGCCCUGGUUCCUCCCUGCAGAAUGAAAGCAUGAGUGGUGAAGCAGGGCUGCAGGUGUCUCUCUGUCUCCCUUUCUAUCUCCCUCUUCCUCUUGAUUUUUGGCUUUCUCUAUCAAAUAAAUAAAGAUGAAAAAACAAAAAAAAAAAGAAAAGAAAAAGAAGAGGAAACUCCCAGCCAAUUCCUCUGCCUGCUUGAAAUUGGCUCGAAAGACAUGGAAUUAGUAGGCAGAGCUGCCUCCUCCUCCUUUUACCCUGGAGAAGAGAUCGGUUCCCUGCUGGCUCAGGGCAGUGUCAUCGAUACAGCUGGUGUCAUUGUUCCCUUCCACUGACAGAUCACUCGACACCUGUAGGCCCAGGCAGGGCUUGGCCUGGGCACUGCCCUGCAGAGGACAUCAUUCUAGCGUCCCAGGGCACACAGCACUUGGUGACACCACGUAUACACACAAGGACCAGAGCAGUCCUGGCACCUGCUCCAUUCUGCAAGUCCCCGUCUGCCUCUUUGCUUCCUACUGCCUGGUUCCUGUUGCUGUUUCAGGCAGAAGUGAUGAUGAGCUGAGGGUGAGUGAUGAUGCCGCCCAGAGGAGGGACCCCGGCCUAGCCCUGGUGUGAGGAGCCAGGAGGAAGGAGGAGCGUGGGGGUGCCACUUCUGGCUGGCCUCCCCCCUGCUGCAAAUACCCCAGGUGGCACCAUGCUCCAGCAGAUCCUGCAAGAUAUGUACAUUGACCCUGAACUCCUGGCUGAGCUCAGUGAUGUGCAGAAGCACAUCCUAUUUUACAAGAUGCGGGAGGAACAGCUACGAAGAUGGAGGGAACAUGAGGCCUGGGAGGCCCUGGUCCAGGCAGAAGGCCUCAGGCCUCCCAAGGUCAAACGAGCAAGUGACAAACAUAUCCAGUGGCUUCUGGGGGAAGACAACGAGGUCUGGGUCUGGAUCAUGGGAGAAGGCCCUGGUGAUAAGCCCUAUGAAGAGAUCUCUGAAGAGCUGAUUGCAGAGAGGGCACGGCUUCAGGCACAGAGGGAGGCAGAAGAACUCUGGAGACAAAAGGAGGCAGAAAUCACCCAGAAGUUCCGGGAUGCCCUGGCUAAUGAGAAAGCCCGGAUCCUGGCAGAGAAAUGGAAAGUAGAGAUGGAGGACCGCAAGGCUGCCAAAGUCCUAGAAGAACGCAUCCAUGAAGAGUUCAAGAGGAAAGAGGAGGAGGAGAGGAAGCGAGGAGAAGAGCAGAUUCGCCUCCAGGAAGAGAAGAGGGCCAAGGAACUGUACUGGACGCUGAAGCAGGCGCAGCAACAGAGCCAAGCCAGCGAGUACCAGGAGCGUGAGUGGGCAGAGCAGUGUGAGUAGAGCUGCACCCGCAGCACCCAGGGGAUGGGAGGCUCAUGCCCUGCACUUAUGGGUUUGCUCAGUCACCUUCUCUGGCAAGGGCUCCCGUCAGGAAACUUUGCUCAAGUGUGGAUUUUGUGCAUGUUCAUUCUCACCGGGCCUGGCUCGCUCCCUUCUUUGUCCUCCCUCUCUCUUCUCUGCAGGACUUGGGAGCGCCCACUGCGUCCUGUCUCCAGGGAAGUCAUUGUUCGCUGGUUCAAGGAGGAGCAGCUGCCCCGUGGAGCGGGCUUUGAGAGGAACACCAAAUCCAUUGCUCCCUGGUUCCACGGAAUUAUUAGCCGGGAAGAUGCAGAAGACCUCCUUGAGAACAUGACUGAGGGAGCAUUCCUGGUCCGGGUCAGUGAGAAAAUUUGGGGCUACACCCUCUCUUACCGCCUGCAGAAAGGCUUCAAGCACUUUCUGGUGGAUGCCUCUGGGGAUUUUUACAGCUUCCUGGGAGUGGACCCUAAUCGCCAUGCAACACUCACUGAUCUCAUUGACUUCCACAAGGAGGAAAUUAUCACUGUUUCAGGAGGAGAGUUGCUUCAGGAACCUUGUGGACAGAGGGACAAUCCACCAGACUACCAUCUAUUGUUUGAAUGAUUUUUCUCCCUUAGCAGUUGGACUCUUUGGGACAUUAUUAUUUUUUUAAAAUUUAUUUAUAUUAUGGAAAUUUUGACAAGACUAUAGGAUAAGAAUGGUACAAUUUCACACAAUUCUCACCACCAGAAUUCUGUAUCCCAUCCCCUCCAUUGGAAGCUUCCCUAUUCUUUACCCCUCUGGGAGUAUGGUCAUUAUGGGGUACAGAAGGUAGAAGGUCUGGCUUCUGUAAUUGCUUCCCCGCUGAACAUGGGCAUUGACUGGUCGGUCCAUACUCCCAGCUAGUUUCUAUCUUUCCCUAGUGAGGCAGGACUCCAGGACACACUGGUGGGGUCAUCUGCCCAGGGAAGUCAGGUUGGCAUCAUUGUAGCAUCUGGAACCUGGUGGUUGAAAAAGAGAUAAGAUAUAAAGCAGGACAAAUUGUUGACUAAUCAUGAACCUAAAGACAAGAAUAUUGCAGAUGAAGAUUUGGGGUCUCCAUUUUGGAGCAAGCUAGUCGGUAUAUUUUAGAUGUAUUCCAAGGGGCUCAUGACCCUACUAGUUUUUGCCUGCGCAUUACAUAAAAUAUGCAGGUGGACCCAGGUUAUUAUCUGGGAAGAUGAUGUCAUAGUUGGAAAAAGUACUAGAAAGCUGGAUCGGGGAAGAGAAUAGCACCCAAAUAUGGAGAAAGUAUUUAAAUAUUGUUAACUGUACAUCCCAUCAAUUUGAUCUGGGCCCCAUAUUCAGCACAGGAACCCAUGUAACCUCUGCAUUCCUGUAGGUCUGAUCUGACAUUCUGUGGUCACAGCUAGGAACAUUCCAGGCUGCACUAAUUUUAGGACCCAUCUUCUUUGGGUAGUAGGUAGAGUAUGCUGUCCAACCUCCCUUCAGAGAAUGGAACAUUCCCUAUCAUUGUUGAUUCACAUUGAGGGCAAGGUUGUAUAGGGGUCCAUUAUGUUGUUCCUGAUGGAGAUUACCAGUGACAGUGGCAAGAGGCAUCUGUUAGAGGUCUAGGCCAUUCAUGUCUGUGUGGGAACCCCAGGGCUUCCUGGCUAGGGCACCAGGUGAUGGGUGGCCUGGUUGUGACUAAACAGUCAUCAUUAAAGUAUGCCAGGCUCUUGCCCUUAUUCAGCUUUUGUAGUCCUUACUUUGAUAAGGUUAGCUUUGGAGUUAUUGAGGGAAGUGAGUGAUAGGAGGUAUGUGAGGAGGGUAUCUAGAUCUAAAUAGAAACUUCUACCCCUCCCCCUGUGAAGCUGAACAUCUACCUUCACGCUCCACCCAGAUAUUUUAAUUUUGAUGUUCUACUCCAAACUCAGUUAGAUUCUGAUUCGAGUUUUCCUUUCUGUUCUUCAUUCUCAACUUGUGUUUAUGAGUGGAAUCAUCUCAUACUCAUCUUUGUCUUUAUGACUUAGCUCACUUAACAUAAUUCCUUAUAGCACCAACCAAGAUGGGUCAGAGAAGGUGGGUUCAAUGUUCUUAAUAGCUGCGUAGUAUUCCAUUGUGUGUAUA